UUCUGAACUUGUGUGUCUCUCUGUAGAUCAGCAUGACAGGGAGAAAAGUGAGGGAUUCAUGUGUGGGAACUGCAGCAGGAAGGAAAGUGCAGCUGGGAAUUUUUGCCUGGAGCGAGACAGAGCGGAGGACUGUGGCAAAAAAGGCAGGGAGAGGGAAGGAAGAGGACGGAGAGAGAGAGGGAGAGAGAGAGAGAUAGAAAAUUGACGGAGGAGCAAAAGAAGAUUUGAAGCAGGGAUGAGAUGAGGCAUGGGAUGGGAGGGAGGAGAGGAGGAUUUGAUGAGAUGAAGAAGGAGUGAAAGUGGACUUUACUUAGCGAGGAGGAGCAGGGGAGGAGACGAGAAGAUGACAGAGGGAAGGGAAUCUGGUCUCCACGCCUUCUUGGGCGAGAAAAGAAGGGAUGUCAAGGCAAGUCGCAUACUCAUACAGACUUAACGCACUUCUACACAAACACCUGUAAAGCUACACAGGCACGCUCGCAAUCUUCCUGCCAGAAAUCUGUGAGGAAAGCAGCCAGUUUACACACACACAUGAAUGAAAACUGGACUUGGACCUACAGUUGCACACACACACAUGCAUUGCAUCAGAGUGGAUUCACCAGCUGGACGUGAUUUCAUUCAGAUCUGCUGUGAUAAGAAGAAGUCUCCACCCCUUCCUGCUUCCAAGGACUUCUGCUUUAACCCUCUCAGAGUGUGUGUGUGUGUGAGAAAGAGUGUGUGUGUUUUCUUCAGCCUAAUUGUGCGCACUCUCAAUCCGCUAACAUGUCUUUUGAUGUUUGUGUACAUACCUGCAUAGACACACCCACAAUGCACACUCACUCAGACAUACACACACUCCCUCUCUCCGCUCUCUCUCUUUACACACACGCGUACUCUCUCGCUCUCUCGUCCUCGGAGCAGCAGGUCCCUGGAAGCAGCCAAACUGUCAGUGACUGUUACUAACACAUGCUCGCUCGCAGCUCAGCUCUUUCUUCGGCUGCUGCCAAGGGAGGAGGAGAAGAAGAAGGAAGAAGAAGUAGUGAGGCUGGAAGGAACAGACUGAAACACACACACAGAUAGAAAAAGGGAAAGAGGGAGACUUGGACCAACCUCUGGCUGCUUACCUCUCGCCUCUGCCUGGCUGACUGUGUGGGAGACUGGAAGCAGUCCUACAAGUGAUGCCUCGCACACUCUGGAGCAGCACAUAGUCUGGACUUUCUUCAGCUUUCCUCUGCUGUUUUUAUUCCUCCACUCUUUCAACAUUCUCCUCUCUCUGUUUCAAUCAUGAGGAGAGACCGUCUCUUCUUAGCCGCGACUCUCACAGCCAUCUUCUCUGCCGACCUUUACUUCAUUCUCCUGCCGAAGCUGCGGGGCAUGGGACGAGGAUCGAAGGCGUUGUGCUCGUGUGGUCCCGACAACCUCACCCUCCCUGGGCAGGGGGGUCUCGCCACCCCACAGCUCUCCAACUGGACCUCUGCAUCACCCCUGGUCGGUACUACAACUGCCCCCACGGAUGGAGGCUCGAAGCUGGAGAGGCUGUUCGCUCAUCCUCUGUACAACAUCCAGACUCCGGCGCUGGGGCCAGAGGAAAGGCUGCUGCAGGCAGAGCAGCUGAUGGAGUACUACAGGAGGAAGGUAUCACGUUGGGAAAGGCAUAUGAAACUCUACAGCGAGGCAGCGGCAGUCUCCAACAUCACUGUGACCGAACAUGAAGUGACCUUUGACCCCAAUGCCAGCUGGGUGAAAUUCCACCUGGGAAUAAGCCGCUAUGCUCUGUACUCCCGCGAUGACCCUGCUAUCCCACGACUGCUCAAGGACAUGGAGAGCAUGACGGUCGUCAGUGCAGAUUACACUCAAGAUGAGAAGGCACUAAAAGGAGCAUGUGACUGUACCCAAGUGGUGAAGCCAAGUGGACAUCACCUGAAACUGGCGCUGAAAAUGCGUAACUUUGCCAAGGCCAUGUUCAAACCGAUGAGGCAGCAGAGGGAUGAGGAGACUCCAGAGGACUUCUUCUACUUUGUUGACUUCCAGAGACACAAUGCAGAGAUCGCUGCCUUUCACCUGGACAGGAUCCUGGACUUCCGGAGGGUCCCACCGGUGGCUGGCAGGCUGGUAAACGUCACAGGAGAAGUCCUCCAGGUCACCCACAAUGAAGACCUGCGAGCUGUCUUCUUCACCUCGCCAGCGAACAACACGUGUUUCUUUGCCAAGUGCCUUUAUGUGUGUAAGACGGAGUACGCGGUGUGUGGGAGCCCUGACCUGCUGGAGGGCUCGCUGUCUGCCUAUCUGCCCGGCCUCAGCAUCGCUCCCCGCAUCUCCAUCCCCAACCCCUGGAUACGAUCGUACACCUUCACCGGACGAGAAGAGUGGGAAGUGAAUCCGUUCUACUGUGACACCAUAAAGCAGCUGUACCCAUAUAACUCCGGCAACAGGCUACUCAACAUCAUAGACAUGUCCAUCUUCGACUUCCUUACAGGCAACAUGGACAGACACCACUAUGAGAUUUUUACCAAGUUUGGAGAUGAAGGAUUCCUUCUCCACCUGGACAAUGCCAGAGGGUUUGGGAAGCACUCUCAAGAUGAGAUGUCCAUUCUGGCUCCUCUAUCUCAGUGCUGCAUGAUAAAGCGCUCCACACUACUGCGUCUCCAGCUCCUGGGCCGACAAGAGUUCAGGCUGAGCGAUGUGAUGAGGGAGUCCCUGGAGGGAGACCCCUUGCAGCCGAUCCUGACGGAGCCCCACCUCUUAGCGCUGGACCGCCGGUUGCAGAAGGUCCUCCGAGUGGUCCAGCGCUGUGUCCGGAGACUGGGCGAGGAUGAGGUGAUCACCAAGGACUUUGCUAAAUCCACAGGGAGACCGCAGACCGCCACAGAGGCGAAGAAGACCAGGUAACAGAGGAUGAGGGGCUCGUUCCUUUCUCCUUUUCACGCGCCACAAAGGACUUCGCUGUGAAGCGCAGUCACCUCGUGAGCAAAUGAGGCUCAGAUGGUUUCAUUUUAAGGAACAAUCCAUGAAUGGAAGACGCUGUGGAAAUCUCAUUGUGGUGGUUCAGAACGGGAAUCACUGCAGGCCUCAAAUUCCUAUCACAGGGGGAGCCGUACCUUUAUUUCCUUUUGUUUCUCUCAUGGUCAUAAAUUCCCACUUUUAUGACAGGGCUCUCCUUUUUCAUGUACACCAUGUGCACAUAGGUCAGGGUGGUUAGAGGGUUUAUUUUAGGGGACAAGUGGAAGACCAACUUCGGCAAAGCUGUGUCAGUGACUAUAGAAGAUUUCAUUUUCACAUGAAGCCAUAAGAGCGCUUUCACUGUCAUGCGAGAGCUGUGAUGCACUGGAUCAGCUAGUUAACGCUGGUGAAUAUUAUGACUGUGGAAAGAAAGAUUUGUGUCUCGUCCAUGUGAUGUUCUAAUUAGAAAAUAAAGUUAUUUUAUGUGAUGACAAUGCAAGUUUGAAGAAAAGUUAUCACCUGUGAGGAACAGUGUAAGUUGGUGUGUGUGUUUGAGAGAGAAAAGUUCUACCUAUUAAACAGUCAUUAAGUUUACUCCA